UCAAACUCUGCUUUUGCCAAACUUUUUCUCUCUCACAGUCUCACUGCAACUCUCACUCUCUCACUACGACUCUGCUACCUCACCAGCGGCGAUCGGCGAUCGACGAUCUUGCCUGGAUAACGCUUUCAUUUCGCUGCUUUCGGGUCUCUUCUGUGCAAUUGUUUAAUGAUGAGUUCGACUAAAGGGGGUAAGCAAGCUUCUGGUUCGAGUACCUAUCCUUCAGUGCCAGAUAUGACCGUACAUUCAGCACAAGGUGAUGGAUGGGAGGUUUAUGGUAAGAAGUCGAAGAACAAGGCUGGAACCAGUGGGGGGAGACAGUAUGUUCCCCAAAACUCUGCUGCUGUUUCCACUGGCAAUGCAUGGGGAAGUUCAGGUCAUAAAGCCUGGAAUAAUGGUGGGUCAGGAAGGGGUUCUGUCAGCAGUACAGAUUCUAGAAGACCUUCAAGUGGAGGUAGAGAUAAUGCAAGGUUUCCUCCCGCAAUUCCACCUCCUCUACAACAUGGAUGGAAUUGGUCUAGUAGAGUAGCCUCAAAUCCUUCCUCUGAAGAUGGCCUCAGAAAGAUUGAAAAUAACCAAACCCAUCCUGCUGCAGUGGAGACUGUAACUAUGAAGAAUGAAGAAGAGGAAGAUGAUGAAGAUGAGGAUUUGCUCGAUGACAGUGAUGAAGAGUUUCUUAGUGAUGGCUUUGACUCAGAUGAAAGCGAAAAGAGUCAUGAGACUGCCAAGAAGAAUUCCUGGUUCAAAGAGUUCUUUGAUAGUAUUGACAGUUUGAAUAAUGAAGAACUUAAUGAUCCAGAAAGGCAGUGGCACUGUUCUGCUUGCAAAGGGGGUCCUGGUGCUAUUGAAUGGUUUCGGGGUUUGCAGCCCCUGUUGACACAUGCAAAAACACGACGAUCUAAGCGUGUUAAAUUACAUAGAAAACUUUAUAAACUAUUAGAGGAAGAGCUGCGCAGGAGGGGUACUACUGUUGUGCAAGCAGGUGAACCGUUAGGGAAAUGGAACGGGGUCAAAGAAAAAGAUUUUGAAAUAGUGUGGCCUCCAAUGGUCAUUAUCAUGAACACAAGGGAUGAUAAAGAUGAUAAUGAUAAGUGGACAGGAAUGGGUAAUCAAGAACUGCUUGAUUACUUCUCUGAAUAUGCUGCUGUUAGGGCACGGCAUUCAUAUGGCCCACAGGGCCAUCGUGGCAUGAGCGUUCUGAUUUUUGAGGCCUCUGCAGUGGGCUACCUUGAGGCUGAGCGCCUCAGCAAGCAUUUUACUGACAAUGGAAGAGACAGGGAAGCCUGGCAACGCAACAAUAUGAUAUUUUAUCAGGGUGGAAAGCGCCAGCUGUUUGGUUACAUGGCCACAAAGAAAGAUCUAGACGUAUUUAACCAGCAUUCACAGGGUAAAUCAAAACUGAAGUAUGAGAUUAGAUCUCAUCUAGAGACGGUGGUCAAUUCAAUGAAGCAGAUGAAUGAGGAUAAUCAACAGCUAAUCUGGUACAAGAACAACGCACAAAAGCACCAGAAAAUUGCAAAGGCUGUUAAGGAAUCUUUUAUUGUGAUGGGUGAGAAGUACCGCCAAUCUGCAGAAGAAACAAAAAUUGUUCGUUCAAAAACGAAAGAUCACCAUGUGCAGAAAGAGGAGGAGAUUGAGUAUUUGGAACAUUUAGUUCAGCAAAAGUUCCAAAGCAUAUUGGAAGUCAAGGACCAGUCAGCUGUUGAUAAUCAAAGGUUUAGGGCCGAGGUGGGAAAAUAUUUUGAGUCAUUGGAGCUGGAAAAGGUGGAACCCAUGGAACGCAAGCAACUGCUGAUAAAAGCCCACGGUGAAUGGGUUAAUAAGAUGAAACAGAGACACCGUGCAGAAGAGGCUGCGGUGGAGGAGGAAUUUAAUGCUGCAUUAACUAGGUUGCUUGAGAUUUGAGAGGAGAGAUUUGUAACUAGUUUAUACUCUGCAGUUAAUAGUUUUGGAACUCCAGAAAAUUUUCGUGGAAGUUGAACUAUUAUAUGCUUAUGUUAUCCGUGACUUGGAUUUUGGAUUUC